AUGUCUCUGCGUCCGUCCACUGCUCCUCUGCGUGCCCCUUUGCCCUCUCCUCCUGAGUCCUCUCUUCCUGCGCUUGCCAACCCUGAGUCGGACUCUCUUCGUGCUGCCAGUCCUACUGUCACGCGUCUCCUUGCUACUGUCGUCACUGACCCCUCAUUUGAGUCCACUGCUGCGUCUGCUCUUGUUGCUGAGCUCGUCGACUUUGCUGCUCGGUGUCGUCUAGACUACGCUGCUAGUCUUGUUGCUGAGUCUGCGUCUGUCUGUCCUCCGUCCGUCGGGGACCCGGAUGCACUAGACAUCCGGACUCCGCGCUCUUAUGCGGAGGCCGUAGAGGGUCCCUACUCCUCUCAGUGGCAGGCAGCUAUGGAUGCAGAGAUGGCUUCCUGGAAGUCCACAGGCACCUACGUUGACGCGGUUCCCCCUCCUGGGGCGAACAUCGUCAGUGGCAUGUGGAUCUUCAGGGUGAAGCGUCCGCCAGGCUCUCCACCUGUCUUCAAGGCGCGGUACGUGGCUCGUGGCUUCAGUCAGCGGCAGGGAGUUGACUACUUUCAGACCUUCUCUCCCACCCCGAAGAUGACCACUCUUUGGGUGCUGCUGCACAUAGCCGCUCAGCGCGAUUACGAGCUCCACUCUCUUGACUUCAGCACUGCGUUCUUGCAGGGACUACGCUUGCGGCUCUUUGGGUUUGCUCCCUCUACUGCUGACCCGUCGUUGUUUCUGCGCACCGACACUUCUCUGCCGCCGUUCUACAUCCUCGUGUACGUCGACGACUUGGUCUUUGCCACAGCUGACACUGCUGGACUCGCCUACGUGAAGUCCGAGCUGCAGAAGAGACACACGUGCACAGACCUGGGUGAACUGCGCAGCUACCUUGGCUUGCAGAUCACUCGGGACAGAGCACGCCGCACCAUUACCUUGACUCAGUCACACAUGGUGCAGCAGGUCCUUCAGCGCUUCGGCUUCACGUACUCCUCGCCUCAGGCCACUCCUCUGUCUACUCGCCACUCGCUCUCAGCUCUGCCUUCGGAUGAGUCCGUAGAGUCGAGUGGCCCGUACCCAGAGCUUGUUGGCUGCCUCAUGUACCUGAUGACCUGCACACGACCUGACCUUGCAUACCCUCUUAGCAUUCUCGCACGCUAUGUUGCUCAUGGGAGACACCGGCCAGAGCACAUGGCUGCAGCGAAGAGGGUGUUGCGCUACUUGUGCAAUACAUCGGGCAUGGGGCUAGUGCUUGGAGGGCGGAGUCCAGUGGUCCUCACUGAGCACGCGGACGCUUCUUGGGCUGACGACCAGGCUACGCAGCGGUCGUCGCAGGGUUACACCUUCAGUCUUGGUUCCGGCUCUGUUUCGUGGCGGGCUACUCGCUCGUCUUCUGUUCUCGGCUCCAGUUGUGAGGCUGAGAUCUACGCCGGGGCCAUGGCUGCUCAGGAGCUUCGCUGGCUCACCUACCUGCUGACUGACCUUGGAGAGCCGCCUCGUUCUCCUCCAGUGCUGUACGUAGACAACAAGGCCAUGCUGGCCUUGUGUCGAGAGCAGCGCCUGGAGCACAGAACGAAGCACAUUGCUCUUCGUUACUUUCUUGCUCGUGAGCUGCAGCAGCGUGGUCAGUUGCGACUUGCGUAUGUGGCCUCUGAGGCCAACACUGCUGAUGUUUUCACCAAGGCACUUCCGCCUUGUGAUCAUCAGCGCUUCUGCACUCAGCUGGGACUUGUCCUAGUCUUGCCUCACUUGCUCACCUCUUGA